AUGAAGCUUGUAUCUUUGAGCUCGUUGCUCACGAUACUCUCAUUAUGCGCCCCAUCCGCCCAAGCCGAAGACAGGUCUCCCGAGAGAGUAUGCUACGACUCAUGCGCGUCGGCUCUGAAGCCUGUGCACUUCGAUGAUAUGCUGAGCAAUCAAACGAAUUUCAUGACGAUAACUUGUUACAGCCCGAAAGCAAUUCUUUCACUGUACCUGUGUCUUGAUGUUUAUUGUAUGGUCGAAGCUAGAGAGGCAGGCCUGAGUCCGCUGAAUAAAACAUGUGCUGAACAAGCACACAUUGUUCUACCGCCUUUUGGCAUCAUUUCGAAUUACACAGCCGAGGAUAAGGAGAGAAUACAUCGACUGGAAAGAAAUGAGACGGAACCCGCACUCACGUUUGGAGAGGUUGUAAUUCCUUCAGAGACUUGGUUUGGCAUCUGGUGGGAUACUAUGGAUUCUGUUGCAUAUACAUACACACACCAUGAUUUAUACGGUCGUGCUAUGAUCAUCUUCUGGGUUGUCGUUGUUGCCAUUGGCGUCUUGAAUCAUCUCAUGCAACAAAUCGCCAACUCAAAACUGAUCCGCAGCCAUUCAUCGAAAUCAGGAGGACGUUUAUGGAGUUUAUAUACUUCCACUGUGAACCGGGUUGCAGUCCCGGCUACAUUUGGAGACCGAUGUUCUCAAAAAGUCGGAUGGGGAACAGUUCCCCCAAGGAUACAGUCCCUCACGCUCUUUGCGUUUCUCAUCCUCAAUAUUGUCUUGAGUAUUCACGGAUACAGGAUCGUACCGAUAAAUAUGUACUUCCCAUCUACAGCAAAACAGAUAUUUCGCUACUCCUCCGACAGAACGGGCAUCAUCUCUUUCGCCAACUUCCCUCUCAUCUGGCUUUUUGGAAUGAGAAAUAAUCUUCUCAUGUGGUUGACGGGCUGGGACUUUGGAACAUACAACAACUUUCAUCGAUGGGUCGCGCGGAUUGCUACGCUUCAAGCAAUUCUUCAUUCCAUCGGCUAUUCCAUCUUGGUUUACCUUGAGGGCGGCUGGGAAGGUUAUAUCUUCUGGUGGUCCUAUAUGUUUUGGUGGGUUGGUGGAGUUGCCACUGUCGUCAUGUCACUACUCGUAGGGGCAUCUUUUUACUGGAUCCGUCGUCAGCAAUACGAACUGUUCCUUGUUGUCCAUAUCAUCAUGUCGAUUUUACUCCUUGUCACGAUGCUGGCUCACGUCUCCAUCUUCCAAGGCGAAUACGACGUCUUCUUCUGGGUACCCUGCUUCAUCUGGGUAGCCGAUCGUGUCAUUCGCGCUCUUCGAAUUGCAGCUUUCAACCCCAAGCUUUGGGAUACCUGGGCCACGUCCAUUUACCACCCCACUUCCAAUAUUGUCAGACUAGUCAUUCCCUAUUCGGGCAGUCUGUACAGACCAGCUCCAGGAACGUUUUAUUAUAUUCACGUUCUGAACGGGCCGCGCUGUUGGGAGAGCCAUCCCUUUACAGUUGCAGCAGUGACGGACGAAGGACAGCGAGGAGCAAAGGUUCUUGGGGAGCAGGUUCCUCUUCUCGAGAGUGCUGCUUCAGAACAAACUUCAGAUGUAGACGCUUCACAAGAUAUGUUUUCUGACUCAAGGACCAUGACGUUCUUGAUUCGCCCUUAUGAUGGGUUCACAUCAAGACUUAGAGAUGCAGCGUCAGCAGAGUGGCCAAAGAACGUUUCCCAGCGCGUUCUGGUCGAUGGACCCUAUGGACAUACUCAACCUCUUCAUACAUUCGACAACGUUAUCUUCGUGGUAGGAGGCAGCGGUAUCGUCGUUCCACUAUCAUAUCUUCAACUCUUGACUAGUGGUGCCUCAUCACCACGAUCAGUCAAAAUCCACUGGGCAGUCCGCGAACCCGCGUUUGCGCUCGAUGUGUUGAAAACAGACAUUGCAGAUGCCCUGGGCAGCGCAAACCUGAGUGUAGAGAUCCAUCUUACGACACAUACUCCUCAGGAUGAACUGCAAGAGUGGCCGUCGCAGGUUACGCUUCGAAGAGGAAGGAUAGACGCUGCUGCCGUGGUGACGAGAGCAAGUGAUGUGGUGGACGGAGAGAGUCUUGCGGUUGUUGCUUGUGGACCUGCCCGGAUGGCUGAUGAUGCUAGAAGGACGGUGUCUGAUUUGUUAAAGAGGGGAGUUAGGGGGGUAGAGUAUUUUGAGGAGAGCUUUCAGUGGUGA